AUGGCUUCCCCGUCCUGCAGCUCGCCUUCCGCAUCCUCAUCAGCGGUCACCCUGCCUCGCCCAGGAAAGUCCAUCCUUAAGAAGGCCCCUCCGCCACAGCAGUCCUUUCUCUCCCGCCUCUCGCGUCUUCUUCCGUCCCAGAACACCGCGUCUGGUGCACCCAGCGAUCCAGAUGAGAACCUCAAGCGUGCUCAUUUCUUUCUCCCCCAUCUCGCAACCGUCUAUCCAAUCUCUGCCGCAAAUCCGCCAUGCAGCCUGACCACGAGGGAGGAGAAACGCUCCAUCGAAGCACGCGAGGCUGAGCGGCGUCGACGAAUCGUCCGCGGCAACUCAUACAGCCCCGGCAGUUCCGAGACCGACGAAUGGUGGUCUACGGACAGGGUUGAGUCCUUCUAUAAGGAGUGCUGCACCGGCCGCGAGGAACAGCCCCACCCGGGCAUCUCUGCCGCACUAAAGAAAGCGUCCGGAGCACAAGGCCGUUCACUCGAUCUUUCCGGUGUUCAAAUAACACCAGGUCAGGCAGCAACUUUGUCUGACGUUUUCUCUGUCGAAUGGGGACUUCGCAAAUUAUUCCUGAAAGAAUGUGAUCUCGAUGAGCAUAAUCUCAAACCUAUCCUACAUGCGCUGCUCAUCCCUGGGACGCUUAAUUUCUUAUCCAUUGCCUCAAAUAGGCGUCUGAAGGCACCAGCUUUUAGACUGAUUGGCGCAUUUGUGCAGAAAGCAAAGAACCUGCAGUUCUUAGAUCUGUCGCAAAACUUCCUCGACAAAAAAUCGGUUGAGUGUGUAGGUGCUGCUCUAAAACCAGCAGGUGAACCUGGCUUGGUAUCACUGCGAAUGGAUGAUUGUUCGUUACGACCGGCAUCACUAGAGACCCUGGCCCAGAAUGUCCGAACGUCGUCCCUCCGCAACAUUUCUCUCCGACACAAUCGCAUUUCUGCGUCUGGGGCAGUUGCACUUGCCCUCAUGAUCAAAGACUAUCCAGACACGAUGCCUGCUCAUGCGACCCAAACCAACUCCUUGACAGCUAUUUCUUCCUCGAACAUUAAUUCUAACCACCUCUUCAGCACUCUUUCCCCUCCCAGCACUCCUAGUAAUGAAACACCACCUCUCACGCCAACCCAGCUGACUUCACAGCAGUCGCCUUCCUCCCCACGUUCAAACUCGCCCUUACCUCCUCCCACAAGACAGGGACCGAUUCCUCCCCCGCCGAUACAUCCUGCAAACGCACCUGUCCAGACGACCUACACUCCGUACAUCCCACGAGCAAAACGCGCCGCUGCAUUGGCUACAGGGGCGACUGCUGGUGCACGAGCUCUGCAGCACGCCACGCGGGCUCCGAAUCCACUUAAUGCAUCGGGACAGCAAGUCCCAAUCAUCACGAGUUCCGCACAGGGUGGAAUAACGACCCGACAUCCCCCAGGAUCAGAGUCGAAUGCAAGUGUGCAACAGCCGAGGGAUCACGCGAAGACGAAUGGACCGAGUGCGGCACUCUUAGAUAAGGUACGCGCUCUGGACGCACUUCCACGGUUAGGAGAAUUGCGGACGCUCGACUUGCGAGGUAAUGAUAUUAGGGCUGGGAUACAAUACAUCGCACAGGUCUUGAAGCGGAACCGAACACUCAAAGUUUUAAACCUUAGUGAAAAUAAGAUCGAUGUGCAAGGGCUUGUUGCCAUUGCAGAAGCGCUGAAAUACAAUUUGACUUUAGAGACCCUUGACAUGGGACGGAAUCCAUGUUCGGGUCCUGCACUUGACGGAAUCCAGUCACUCAGGACGGCGUUCACAUUGAACACUUCGUUGAAACGUCUGUUUCUGGCUUCGACGUCACUGACAUCCGCCGGAGCAAUCGCAUUAGCCGAGUUCCUUCCAGAGUCAGCAUCAUUACUGCACCUUGACCUGACGUUGAACAGCCUCGAUUUAGCGGCAGUCAUGGCUCUGAGCGGCGGCUUGAAGGCGAACCAUACAAUGCGUUGUCUUGACUUGAAUAUUCCGCCGGACGAUGAAGAAUUUGCUCGCAUGUGUAGGGAUAUAUUGAACACCUGCAUCCGUAAUACGGAGGAAGCGGAACGUACCUCGCAGACAGCAGGUUCUGGACGCGGUAUGGGUAAGGGUGUGUGGGGCAUGAUUGAAGAGAGUGAGCUAGCGAAGACUUUCAAGAAGGGCGAUGAAAAGAAGGUGGACGAUGAGCUCGUUUCACAGGCCAAGGAUUGUCUGACCCAGCUGGAGGCCCUUGUUCUCCAUCUUCAGGCAUCUCCAGAAGUAUAUGACAAUAAAUCUGUGGAGCUUGUUGAACGUUCCAAAGCUGCGCUUGUCGCUCUAGCCGACGUCAUCCAGAGUACUGCAGACCCAAUCCGCAUUGAGGAACUCUUUUAUCUCAACGAUAGCAUCACAAUCGCGCUUACACGUGUCGACGAAGUCCGAGUAGGCAAAGGAACACCACCAGUAGCGAACGGCCAUGAUAUUACCAGUCCACAGGCAAGUACCGAUACUGGCACCGGCCUCGGCCUCAUUGUGCACCCCGAGAACGGACAAUUUGAGACUGAAGACGCCCCUCCACCUUUUGAACAGGCACAACCAAAAAUCGACGUCAAACUCAAUGGCCUACGACUUCACAUUCCGGUGGAGCGUCCGAGUGAGGCUGAUGAGAGCGAAAGUGGGACUGAGCCGGACGAGGUACUGGAGACGCCGAAGGUGGAUAAAGGCAAGGGACGCGCGGCACCAGAGCCAGAAGUAUUUGAGAAGGUGUUGAGCCCGAGCUUCGUGCUGUCCAGCUCGGACGAUGAAGAAGACGAGCAAAAGAAGACUGAGUUUGAGGAAGAUGAGGUGAUGGGACUCGACGGACCAUCACCGGUUGACCUGUGUGUUUCUCGAACAUCGAAAGUGAUGGUAGAGGAAGAAGGCGAGGUAUUUAGGAAGGGAAAUAUACUCCUUGGUCCCGACGAGAUGGAAGGCGAGUAUGAUGGAGAGGAACUUCGCAUUGAGCUCCUUGAAGCCGAGGUACAACGACCACCACCACGUGCGUUGAACGUGGAUGAAUUCGGGAUGGAACUCCCGCCACUUCCAGCAUCGCCCCUAACGCCCUCCGAAGCCCCAGAGAAGCUACUCUCCCCUACAAGCCCGCACGAACAAAACAAGCCUCCUCCACGCCCGUACCUGCGUCGGUCCCGUUCGUCCUCCUCUGUUGCAAGUCCGGUUAGUACGUCUCCGAGGCUGACAGAGAGCGCAAUCAAGGGUAGUCCCAGCCCAAUUCCUGAGGACAGUAUCAUCGAUGUCACAUCGCCUAUGUCUCCUGCCAAUGUUCAAUCGCUCGGGGGAAAUAUCAGGCCAUACAUUUCGCGACGCCGGUCGUCUUCAGCGAACUCUUCCGCAAACUCUUCACCAGUUCGUUGAUCAAUUCGUCGAAUUUUUUCUACCGCCAAUUGCCUCGCUUCAUACAUAAAAUACCUAGUUCUAUACCUUGCCAUGUCUUUCAUUCAACUCUCCCUAUCCUUUUUUAUUACCCUCAUCCGCUUCAUCCCAUCUUGCAGGGCGAUAGACUGCAUUGCUGGUUUUCUUUGAUAUUUCCUUUCUACGUACCAUAUAUAACUAAUGCGAUAUCACGCGACAUGCGUAUUCUGGACUUGCCGGUUGCACGGGUUGGCAUUCUUUUUUCAUUAUCAUUAACAUUGCUUCUGAGGAACGGAUAUAACACAGUCGUUUUGAUAUUUUACCUGCAUUUGU